AGAGGGUUUAGUCUCUUCUCCAAAGAUACAGUUAGCAACUCCUCUGUGGCGCGCUAGGGUUUCUGAUUAUCUCUCAUCGUCUUCCUCCAUCUAUCGCUUCCCCGCCAGCACGACGCCAUGGAUAGGUACCAGAAGGUCGAGAAGCCCAAACCUGAAUUACCUAUUAACGAAAAUGAGAUCCGAAUCACUACUCAAGGCGCCAUUCGAAACUACAUCACAUAUGCCUCUACACUGCUCCAGGAAAAACGUGUCAGAGAGAUCGUCUUAAAAGCAAUGGGACAGGCAAUCAGUAAAGCAGUGGCUAUUUCAGAAAUUAUAAAGAAGAGAAUACCGCGGUUGCAUCAACUAAUAGCCAUCAGUUCAGUUAGCAUAACUGAUGUAUGGGAACCGAUUGAAGAGGGUCUUGUACCGGUGGAGAUGACUCGUCAUGUCUCGAUGAUUUCAAUUACAUUGUCCAAUCGAGAGCUAAAUAAAAGUUCUCCAGGGUAUCAAGCUCCAUACUUUGUGGAACAGCCAAAGCAACAAUAUAACAAUCAACAGCAGCCUCCUCAACAACAACAACAACAACAACCACCACCCAGACAACAUCGCAUUUAUCACAAUGCUGUUAAUGAAGAUCCAUAUGGCCAAGGGAGAGGACGUGGUAGAGGGAGAGGGCGCGGUUGGGGAAGAGGUGGAUAUGGAAACUACCAAGGUGGAUACGGCAACUACCAAGGUGGAUAUGGCCACUACCAAGGUGGUUACGGCCAGUACCAAGGUGGAUCUGACAACUACCAUGGUGGAUCUGGAUAUUAUCAAGAUAAUGGGAACUAUCAAGGUGGAUAUUCGAAUUGGGGAAGAGGAGGUGGGCGGAGUAGAGGCGGCUGGGCUUAUCGCGGAGCUGGAUACGAAAGAGGCAGAGGAGUAGGGGGUAGAGGUUAUGGCCGUGGACGGGGGCGAAUGGGCGGUCGGGCAAGGGGCAGUGGUGGAAACCAGGUUUAGUCGAAACAUAUUCGUUUGUUCUUCGUGCCUCUUACUUGAGCUAAAUGCUUGCCUUGGCCAGUGGGAUGAACUAUCACAUAUUUGUUGUUGAUAGCUUGGAAUUCGGUUUUCACAAUUUCCAGCGUUAUUAGGUGUUAGCGUAUUUUUCUUUAUAGAUAAUGUGGGAAUGCAGCAUUGUAUUUGUGGGGCAAGGUUGUUUUUUGGUUCAUGUUUUUGCAUUUAGCUGAAGAGCAAUCAAUUUAUUAUUACUUAUGUAAUUCGUUUUAUUCU